GCCUGCCCCAACUUUCCCGCGCGGUCCUUCGACCUCGGCUUCCCCCAGGGCCUGCGCGGGGCGCGAGUCGGAGGUUCCGGAGCGGGACGCUGGCGGGGAGUGGACGCUGCGGUCCCCUCAGCGCCGCCCCGGGGUGUGAAGAAAGAGGCUCCUUUCUGUACAGCUCAGAACAAGGAGAUAUUCCUGUGCUUGGAGUACAAAAAUAUUUUGACAUUGCACAGAUAAGAAUCCUAACCUAAGAAAAUAAAAUGGCAUCCGGAGAUUUCUGCUUACCUGGGGAAGGAAUGGAAAUAGUUCAACAAGUGUGCAGCAAACAGUUUCCUCCUUGUAACCUGAGGGAAGAAGACCUGCUGCAGAACCCGCACUUCAGCCAGCUGCUGCUGAGCCUCUCGAAGCACGUGGAUGAGAGUGGCUUAAGCCUCUCGCUGGCCAAGGAGCAGGCUGAGGCGUGGAAGGAAGUCCGACUGCAUAAGACAACGUGGUUGAGGUUUGAAGUUUUACAGAGAGUCAUUCAAGAGCUGCUUGUGGACUACUAUGUGAAGAAGCAAGAUACAAGUUUAACUUCUGAGGACAAAAAGUUCCUUGAGACCCUUGAACAUCGGCUGCUUGUGACUGAACUGACACAAAUUUUAGGCCCCGGCCAGGAAAGGGAGGCACCCAUGCUGCUGGGCCUGGAGAAGGCAGACCUUCUGGAGCUCAUGCCACCCUCGGAGGAUUUUGCGUGGAUGCGAGCUCGGCUCCAGCUGGAAGUGGAGGAGCAGCUCAAGAGGAAGUGCUUUGCUCUGCUUUGCUACCAUGACCCCAGUUCAGAUGCUGACAGCGAAACCCUGAAGGCUGCAAAGGUGUGGAAGCUGGCAGAGGACAUGGUGGCUGAGAAGCAGCAGUGCCAGGACGCACAGAGCCAGCACAAGGAGCAGCUGGUGCUCCUGGAGAAGAAGAGCACCACUUACACCCAGGUGCUUCUCCGCUGCCUCACCUUGCUGCAGAGACUCCUUCGGGAGCACCGGCUGCAGGCCCAGUCCAAGCUGGACCACAUCAAUGCCCAGUACCUGGAAGUCAAGUGCAGUGCCAUGAUCCUUAAGCUGCGGAUGGAGGAGCUGAAGAUCGUGUCUGACACUUACACCACUGAGAAUGUGGAAGUUCACCGGAUCAUUAGGGACCGCUUGGAGGCAAGCAUCCGCCUACAGGAGCAGGACAUGCAGAAGUCACGACAGGCACUGAGCACCUAUGAGGUGCUCGGGGAGGACUUUGACAGGCUGGUAAAGGAGUACACCCGGCUUAAGCAGGCUGUGGAGAACAAGCGUUGGGCCCUGCAGGAGUUCAGCAGGUCUGACAGCUGAGCACGGCUUCCACACUGCCCCUGCCUGCCUCCCUCCUGCCCACUGGGCUGCUUCCACUGGGGGCUGCCUUUACUUGGAGGAGAGUCGUGUCACAUGCUCAAAACACAGCCGUUGUUGGGGCUGGGGAUUUAGCUCAGUGGUAUAAGUGCCUGCCUUGCAAGUGUGCGGUUCGAUCCAUGGUACCAAUAAAACCGAAAAAGACCAAAAAAUAAAAAAAUAAAAAAAACCAGCAGUUGUGCACACA